UCCUCCUUCUCCUCGUUCUGUGGUGCUCUCUGGAACGUAGAAACAGAGGGGGUAACAAGAGAACAGAAGAGUCUGUGCGUGAUUUCUAUCAAGGAGAUGGGGAAGCAGAAUGUGAUAGUCCCGGAACAGCUUGCCGUCAAGUCGAUGAUGGCGAUCGCGGCCGACCCCACCCAUCGCUCCGCCUUGCUGCCGCCUCUCUCCCCCGGUCUCGGCGUCAGCUGCACCAGCUACAAGAGGUUCGUGACCCAGCACGACGUCGGCGGCGGUGCGAGGAUCAACGCGUGGGUUGACUCCAUGCGGGCCUCCUCCCCUACUCACGCCAAGGCGGCCGCCGUGCUCUCCGCUUCCCUGGAAGCCUCCCACGACGACAAGUACCACAAAUGGGUGAAACAGCAUCCUUCGGCUUUGAGCAACUUCGACGACAUCUUCGCCGCAUCCAAGGGGAUCCAGAUCGUGAUGUUCCUCGACUACGACGGGACUCUGUCUCCCAUCGUAGACGACCCUGAUCGUGCCUUCAUGUCCGACGCAAUGAGAGAGGCGGUGAGAGAUGUAGCGAGGCACUUUCCAACUGCGAUCGUAAGCGGAAGAUGCAGAGAUAAGGUGUUUAGCUUUGUACGAUUGAGGGAGUUGUACUACGCUGGAAGCCACGGCAUGGACAUAAAAGGGCCGAGUAAGACAACCAAACACACAAAAGCUAAGGGGAAAGGUGUUUUAUUUCAACCAGCCAGCGAGUUCCUGCCCAUGAUAGAUGAGGUAUAUAAAACAUUGUUGCAGAAAACAGAGCUCAUCCCAGGAUCCAGAGUCGAGAACAACACAUUCUCUUUAUCGGUUCACUUCCGAUGUGUCGAUGAAAAGAUAUGGAGCUCAUUAGGGGAGAUGGUUCGAUCGGUGCUCGAAGACUACCCUAAACUCCGGCACACCUUUGGAAGAAAGGUGUUGGAGAUUCGCCCGAGUAUUAAGUGGGACAAAGGGAAGGCCCUCGAGUUCUUGUUGGAGUCUCUUGGAUUCGGCGACAGAACCGAUGUGUUUCCGGUGUACAUAGGAGACGAUUGCACUGAUGAAGAUGCUUUCAAGGUUUUGCGUGACAGAGGACAGGGUGCGGGCAUUCUCGUGUCCAAGUUCGCAAAGAAAACACACGCAUCCUACUCGCUCCGAGAGCCGGCAGAGGUUAAGGAAUUCUUGAGCCGCCUGGUGGAGUGGAAACGCCUCCCUUCCUCCAAGAACUAAUACAAGGAUGCCACGAGCUAAGAUCGAAGCUAUGAGGAUGCUUUAGUCAUGAACACAAGGAAGUCUCUUCUGUUUAUUUUUCCUAGCUUUUCUGAAUCCUUUUCUCCUCUGUGCGGGAAAGGCAGAGAGAGAGAGAGAGAGAGAGACCAUUUAGAACUGGUCUUCUUGCCAUGGAUUGUGACUAUUGUUAAUGUACAAGAAGAUUGCAAUGUAAAGUGUUGUGUGACAACAAGGAAUCGUUCUUCCCAGACUCUCGGACGCCAACUAAUGAAUGCUAUAACUAGUCAAAGCUUUCCGAGGGAAUCAUUUCGAGUUCCGCUGUACAUGAUAGACUAGUUCUCAUGAGGAACUUUUUCCUGUUAAUUCUAA